AUGAUCAUUCCAGCCUCGCGACCACUCCUGGUGAGACGCGACCAUACAUCUUCAGUUUGCUUCUUCAACCUAGAAUUUCGAUGCUCACAGACAUCCCAAAGAGGGACUCCUUCACCUCCGAAACGGGGAGCAUGCGAGCAACUCGGAGUUCGGUACUGCAAUGCAGCCCCUCUCACAUCAUGGAGCUUUCCCCAUGAGCUCCUCUCUUCAUCACCGAACACCCAUCACAAAGCCCCAUAUGCAUCUGAUUUGUAUUCAAGGCCAGCAAAGUUCUAUCACUAUCCCGCUAUCUCUCAAAAGCUGGGUGAUAGAUUCCCAUCUGCGAAACGCCAUCCUCCCACCUCUUCCCGCGUCUCAACAGCCUGGGGGUUUGGCCGUUACGGCGCAAAAUCUCCGGAAGCAACCCUCGACGGACAAGCCCUCGACGCCGAGCGCUUGAUGAGGCCAGUGUGCCCCAGCCUCAACACCGAAGAGAGCCUCAUCUUGGCAGGUCAUCGCCACGAAAAGAUGAGGAUUGGCAUGGACAGAGACAAGCCCUCAGUCGACAAACGCCACGGCGGACACCAUUGA